AUGGACAAUGGGAUGGUCUCUGACUUUAUCAUGAUCAAAAACUUCUUCCUCUUCUGCGUAUCCAUGAGUUUAGCCAGCCACUUCGGCUUUUCACAAACGCCGACACCAUCAGUAAAAGAGGAGGCCAAUGAUAACAUCACCAUAUUCACCAGGAUCUUGGAUGGUCUGCUGGACGGCUACGACAACAGACUGCGCCCAGGACUGGGAGAGAGAAUAACUCAGGUGAAAACAGACAUCUAUGUUACCAGUUUUGGUCCUGUGUCAGACACAGAAAUGGAAUACACCAUUGAUGUUUUUUUCCGACAAAGCUGGAAAGAUGAAAGGCUGCGGUUCAAAGGACCUAUGCAACGCCUCCCUCUUAACAACUUGCUCGCCAGCAAGAUCUGGACCCCAGACACUUUUUUCCACAAUGGCAAGAAGUCUAUUGCUCACAACAUGACAACCCCAAACAAACUUCUGCGCCUGGAGGAUGAUGGCACUCUGCUGUAUACUAUGAGAUUGACCAUCUCUGCUGAAUGUCCCAUGCAGCUUGAAGAUUUCCCCAUGGAUGCACAUGCUUGCCCAUUAAAAUUUGGAAGCUAUGCUUACCCCAAUUCUGAAGUGAUCUAUGUGUGGACUAACAGCACCACAACGUCUGUGGUGGUGGCCGAAGAUGGAUCACGACUUAACCAGUACCACCUGAUGGGACAAACCGUGGGCACGGAAAACAUCAGUACCAGUACAGGUGAAUAUACUAUUAUGACAGCGCAUUUUCAUCUGAAAAGAAAAAUUGGUUAUUUUGUCAUCCAAACGUACCUUCCUUGCAUAAUGACUGUGAUCUUAUCGCAAGUGUCGUUUUGGCUAAACAGAGAAUCUGUCCCUGCUAGAACUGUCUUUGGAGUAACAACAGUCCUCACCAUGACCACCUUAAGUAUCAGUGCCCGUAACUCUUUGCCAAAAGUGGCCUACGCUACUGCAAUGGACUGGUUUAUAGCUGUUUGCUAUGCCUUUGUAUUUUCGGCAUUGAUUGAAUUUGCAACAGUCAACUAUUUCACCAAGAGGAGUUGGGCAUGGGAUGGCAAAAAAGCCCAGGAAGCUGCAAAAAUCAAGAAAAAAGAGCGCAACUUGCUGGGAAAUAAACCAACUAAUACCUACAGCACCGGGAAGAUGACUCCUGCACCAAACAUGCCAAAGGACUCAGCCCCAGCUGUCAUCUCAAACACUACAUCUGCUCCAGUGAAGCCUGCAGAAGAAAAGCCUGCUGAAAGCAAAAAGACUUACAACAGCAUCAGUAAGAUUGACAAAAUGUCCCGGAUAAUUUUUCCAGUGCUGUUUGGAACUUUUAACUUAGUUUACUGGGCCACAUAUUUGAAUAGGGAGCCUGUUAUUAAAGGUGCCAAUUCUCCAAAAUAAACUGAAGUACUCUGGAGCCACAUGUGAGCCAUACUUACAAAGCAGAUGCUACCAAGGAAAAUUUGAGAUCCAGAUGACUUUCUACGUUUGGGCAAUAUUCUUCAGGAAGUUUUUUGCAUGUUUAAUAAUAUGUACAAAUAAUAUUGCCUUGAUUGUUUCUACAUGUAACCUCAGAUGUUUUGGAGACGAUUAUAUUACUUA